UUUGGUUUGUCAACACCGUCUGGGCUUCUGACGAAAAAUAUGAGAUAAACACCGUCUGGGCUCACGCUACUUGAGAGUGCGUGUGCUACGCUGCCGACCACAUAGGAUCAAGUUCUCACAAGGAUGCCAUAUGUUCUCAUGUGGUCGGAUUGUGGUCCCACGUUACCAGCUCAGCGCGUGUCUUCACUCUCCUUACUUUAUGUUUGUCGGGUAAACGACGACACCACCACUCAUGUUUAGAGAUUGUCUUCAAAAGAAAUCACUACACUACACGCAAAAAUACCUAACUCUCGACUGUGUCUGGUACAACUACAAUAUAUGCUCUUAUACGUAUAAAAUAAAAUGAUGUUUAUCUGUAUUCGCGUGCACACUAGAUGAAACCUCCCUCACGAGGCACGGGGCCUUUAUCUCCAGACGCUUCGUCGGAUGGCUUCGAAGGCCCCCAUCACAGCUUUCUCGACAAAAAUUGGUUUAUAGAAGCAAAGGCAGACAGGGAGAGAGGGAGCUCCUCAAUCCACCAUCAGUCCUCCACCGCCACAACCACCAAAAGUGUCUCCAAUUGUGCGAUCUUAUGUGAACCUAAGACCACCUGAUUUGUAUUUACCUUGUUGGGAUUGAUUGUACCUUGCUAGCAUUUUCAUUUGCUGACAUGAAAUGCUUUGGUGUAGUUAUAAAAUCAGAUGAUGCAACUAGUGGGACGCCCACUUGGAUUGGUAAGGGCCUCACUUGCGUAUGCUUCAAGCGAAAGGGAAGUUACGAACGUAUCUGCAUUAACUUGACACCUCUACAGGAAGAAAGAUUGAAAAGGUUGAAGCAUAGGAUGAAGAUUUAUUUCGAUGCUUCCAGGCCAGAUCACCAGGAAGCUUUAAGAGCACUGUGGUCUGCCACAUAUCCUGAUAGGGAGCUACAUGGAUUGAUAUCUGAUCAAUGGAAGGAAAUGGGAUGGCAAGGAAGAGAUCCAUCUACUGAUUUCAGAGGAGCUGGAUUCAUUUCUUUGGAGAACCUAUUAUUCUUUGCCAAAACAUUUUCGAUAUCAUUUCAGCGUCUACUAAAAAAGCAGGGAGGAAAACGCUCUGCUUGGGAGUAUCCAUUUGCUGUUGCUGGUGUAAAUAUCACUUUCAUGAUCAUGCAAAUGCUUGAUCUUGAUGCCACAAAACCUAGGACAUUUGUCAGAUCAGUUUUCUUACAAAUGCUGUCAGAAAAUGAAUGGGCUUUUGACUUGCUCUAUUGCGUGGCUUUUGUGGUCAUGGACAAGCAAUGGCUGGAGAAGAAUGCAACAUACAUGGAGUUUAAUGAUGUUUUGAAAUCCACGAGAGCGCAAGUGGAAAGAGAACUUCUAAUGGAUGAUGUCCUAAGGAUAGAAGACAUGCCUUCUUAUGCCCUUCUCUCUUAACAGAAACUAUCUAAUGCUCAAUUUGCUUUGUCUGCUCAAGUUGCACUUUUUCUUUAAUUUUUUAUUUUAUUUUAUUUAGAAAAAAAAAAAAAAACAACUUUAGCAAGUUAACCAAAUGAAAAAAAUUUUCAGGCUGGAUUAGUUUAAAACCACUGAUAUUUAUUUUAGCC